UCGGAAUUUUCGGCAGCAGAGGCGCGGCAGCGCAGCGGAUCGCAGGGCACCUGUUUGUGAGCGAGUGAGUGAGACGGACACGCACGCACGCGCAUGGAUUAGACAGCUCUACGGAGCACAUUGCGGAGAGCGGGAUCUCUCAGUGCCGUUAACACGUUGACAAUAAACACCGCCAGGGAUUGAGGACUGAGCAAUGGAGCAGGGCUGGCUGUCAGAGGAGGAGAUCGAAGCGUUGCAAGACAUCUGGGAGAAGGUGUUCAAAAGCGCCGAGGAUGUCGGAGUCAUCCUCCUCGUGAGGCUCUUCACCGGCCACCCGGCAUCCAAACAGUACUUCCCAAUGUUCAAGGACCUCGAGACCGCCGACGACCUGAAGGCCUCGGCCAAGCUGCGCUGGCACGCGGGCCGCGUCAUGGGCUCCCUGGACAAGGCCGUGAGGAGCCUGCGCAAACCCGAGGAGCUCAUCAAGAUCCUGCGCGCCGUCGGACUGUCCCACGCCAGGAAGGCGACGCCCGUCGACGUCAAGUACUACCACAUCUUGGGCGGCAUUAUCAUGGACGUUCUCCUGGAAACGUUUAAGGACGAGCUGUCUCCGACGGCGCGCAGUGCCUGGACGAAGCUGCUGGGCACCCUGUGCACCGAGUUUGAGAACGCGUACAGAGAGGAGGGCGUCCUGGAGCAAGCAGCGGCCUAGAUGAUCAAAGAGGCUUCCGGGGUGGAGGAAAUCGUGGGGGGUGGGGGGCGAGGCAAAUGCGGUUUAAUUGGUGUCGUGCUACCUUUUCACAAUGUGUUCGCAGUGGACCAGUUGGGGUGGUGGCUUCUUGAUGAAAACGCGUGUGGUGUGCUACAAAGGCAUCCGUUGAAUCCUUGCACAGAGAAGAGAGAGAGAGAGUUUGGGAACUGCAGCCUUUGAAGCUGCAGCUCACUGGUGGGGAAAUGCUUACUUGCAGAUGGAAUGAGAGUGGUUUGGUUGGCAAUUGACGAGUCGACACUUGGAUUUUGUUUAUUUACUGUACGUUUUAUUUACGUGUACGUUAUAAUUUGCAUGAUUUUCUUUAUAUUUUUUAUUGUUUUGCUUCCGCCUCCUCCGCUCCUGCCCCAAAUUAUAUUCACUCAUGUCACGAGAGAGGCAAUCGCCUUUCUAAAUCAUCACAGAGAGCAGCACGAAGCUUCUUGCCCGCAUUACAUGGCACUAUUUAAAUGUGCUGCAAAUGAUGUUUAUCACGUGGUCAUACUUUUCUUUCGUCCACACGGGUGAAGCAAGCAUGACCUUCAGUUGUGGCGAGUCAUUGGUGACGAGGCUGAGACCAUCAACUGACUACACUUGAAAGCCUAAUUUAAUUAAGAGUAUCUGAAACUCGGACUCACACCCAGGAUUUCAGUGACUAUGCUUCAGUCUUGUGACAUGGUAAUAGCUCUCUCAACCUGACCAUUCUCACUGAUUUAUUUUCGAAUCGAUAACUAACUACGUCCAAUUUUGUUUACCCGGUACAUUUAGACGUUUGUAUGUUUCAUCCUUACAGAUGUUCUAAAUUACUCACAGCAUUGCACAUGUUUACGAUGACAAAACUCUGUAUCACUGCCUCCUUGCUUGAGAAGAUAUCAUUAUUAUGAGUGACUCACUCUUGGUGCUCCACUAACUACAAUAGACUUUUAAGAAAGCGACUUAUAUAAUAGUAUAUGUUUUGGUUUUAAUAAACAUUGUGUCAACAAACUCACAUUUUUAACGGUUUAUAAUUCGUUUUCAAUAAAGGUUAAUUGGGAAAGUCUG